UCCCUCUGACCUGGUGUAAUCAACGUCUGGAUUGUGGAGUUGUUGGUGACUUGGUGUUGCUGCCACCAUGUUCUUGUAUAACUUGACCUUGCAGCGAGCUACUGGCAUCAGCUUUGCCAUCCAUGGCAACUUCUCAGGAACAAAACAACAGGAAAUUGUUGUUUCCCGCGGGAAGAUCUUGGAGCUGCUUCGCCCUGACCCAAACACUGGCAAAGUGCACACCCUAUUAACUGUGGAAGUUUUUGGUGUCAUCCGCUCACUCAUGGCCUUUAGACUGACAGGUGGCACCAAAGACUACAUUGUGGUUGGCAGUGACUCAGGUCGGAUUGUCAUCCUAGAAUAUCAGCCAUCUAAGAAUAUGUUUGAGAAAAUUCACCAGGAAACUUUUGGCAAGAGUGGUUGCCGCCGCAUUGUUCCCGGCCAGUUUUUAGCAGUGGACCCCAAAGGGCGAGCUGUUAUGAUCAGUGCCAUUGAGAAGCAGAAAUUAGUGUAUAUCUUGAACAGAGACGCUGCAGCCCGGCUUACCAUUUCAUCUCCUUUAGAAGCCCACAAAGCCAACACCUUAGUGUAUCAUGUGGUUGGAGUAGAUGUGGGAUUUGAAAAUCCAAUGUUUGCUUGUUUGGAAAUGGAUUAUGAGGAAGCAGACAAUGAUCCGACAGGAGAAGCAGCAGCUAAUACACAGCAAACUCUUACUUUCUACGAAUUAGAUCUUGGCUUGAAUCAUGUGGUUCGAAAAUACAGUGAGCCUUUAGAGGAGCAUGGAAAUUUUCUUAUUACAGUUCCAGGAGGGUCAGAUGGCCCGAGUGGAGUGCUGAUCUGCUCAGAGAACUAUAUUACUUACAAGAAUUUCGGCGACCAGCCAGAUAUUCGCUGUCCAAUUCCUAGGAGGCGGAAUGACCUUGAUGAUCCUGAAAGAGGAAUGAUUUUUGUCUGCUCUGCCACCCAUAAGACCAAAUCAAUGUUCUUCUUUUUGGCUCAGACUGAGCAGGGAGAUAUCUUCAAGAUUACUUUGGAGACAGAUGAAGAUAUGGUUACUGAGAUCCGGCUCAAGUAUUUUGAUACUGUUCCUGUUGCUGCUGCAAUGUGUGUGCUUAAGACGGGCUUCCUUUUUGUAGCAUCAGAAUUUGGAAACCAUUACUUAUAUCAAAUUGCUCAUCUUGGCGAUGAUGAUGAAGAACCUGAAUUUUCUUCUGCCAUGCCUCUGGAAGAGGGAGACACAUUCUUCUUUCAACCAAGACCACUCAAAAAUCUUGUGCUGGUUGAUGAGUUGGACAGCCUCUCUCCUAUUUUGUUUUGCCAGAUAGCUGAUUUGGCCAAUGAAGAUACUCCCCAGUUGUACGUGGCCUGUGGUAGAGGACCCCGUUCAUCCCUGAGAGUUUUAAGGCAUGGGCUGGAGGUAUCAGAAAUGGCUGUCUCUGAGCUCCCUGGUAACCCCAAUGCUGUGUGGACAGUGCGGCGGCACAUUGAAGAUGAAUUUGAUGCCUACAUUAUUGUUUCUUUCGUGAAUGCCACACUUGUGUUGUCUAUCGGGGAGACAGUGGAAGAAGUGACAGAUUCUGGUUUCCUGGGCACCACCCCAACCUUGUCCUGCUCCUUGUUAGGAGAUGAUGCCUUGGUGCAGGUGUAUCCUGAUGGCAUUCGUCACAUACGAGCAGACAAAAGAGUGAAUGAGUGGAAGACCCCUGGGAAGAAAACGAUUGUGAAAUGUGCAGUGAACCAGCGCCAAGUUGUGAUUGCUCUGACAGGAGGAGAGCUGGUUUAUUUUGAGAUGGAUCCCUCAGGACAGCUGAAUGAAUACACAGAGCGGAAGGAGAUGUCAGCAGAUGUGGUGUGCAUGAGCCUGGCCAAUGUGCCUCCUGGAGAGCAGCGGUCUCGCUUCCUUGCUGUGGGGCUGGCGGACAACACGGUCAGAAUUAUCUCUCUGGACCCAUCGGACUGCCUACAGCCACUGAGCAUGCAAGCUCUUCCUGCCCAGCCCGAGUCUCUGUGUAUUGUGGAGAUGGGAGGGACCGAGAAGCAGGAUGAACUGGGGGAGAGGGGCUCCAUCGGUUUCCUCUACCUAAAUAUUGGACUGCAGAAUGGUGUGCUGCUGAGAACUGUCUUGGACCCUGUUACUGGUGACCUAUCUGAUACCCGCACACGAUACCUAGGGUCUCGCCCUGUGAAACUCUUCCGUGUCCGGAUGCAAGGACAGGAGGCUGUGUUGGCCAUGUCUAGCCGCUCUUGGUUGAGCUAUUCGUACCAGUCUCGAUUCCAUCUCACACCCCUGUCUUAUGAGACCCUAGAAUUUGCAUCUGGCUUUGCUUCUGAGCAGUGUCCUGAAGGCAUUGUGGCCAUCUCUACCAAUACCCUGAGGAUUUUGGCGUUGGAGAAACUGGGUGCUGUCUUCAACCAAGUUGCUUUCCCGUUGCAAUAUACACCCAGGAAAUUUGUUAUUCACCCUGAAAGUAAUAACCUGAUCAUCAUUGAGACUGACCACAAUGCCUACACUGAGGCCACAAAAGCUCAGCGGAAGCAGCAGAUGGCAGAGGAGAUGGUGGAAGCAGCUGGGGAGGAUGAGCGGGAAUUGGCCGCAGAGAUGGCCGCAGCGUUUCUCAAUGAAAACCUCCCAGAGUCCAUUUUCGGAGCACCCAAGGCUGGCAAUGGGCAGUGGGCCUCUGUGAUCCGAGUGAUGAACCCCAUUCAGGGGAAUACACUGGACCUUGUGCAGCUGGAACAGAAUGAGGCUGCUUUUAGUGUGGCUGUGUGCAGGUUCUCCAACACUGGGGAUGACUGGUAUGUGCUGGUAGGAGUGGCCAAGGACCUGAUCCUGAAUCCCCGAUCUGUGGCAGGGGGCUUUGUGUACACCUAUAAGCUCGUGAACAGUGGGGAGAAACUGGAGUUUUUGCACAAGACUCCAGUGGAAGAGGUCCCGGCUGCCAUUGCCCCAUUCCAGGGGAGGGUGCUGAUUGGGGUAGGGAAACUGCUGCGCGUCUAUGACCUGGGGAAGAAGAAGCUCCUUCGCAAGUGUGAGAAUAAGCAUAUUGCCAACUAUAUCUCUGGAAUCCAGACUAUUGGGCACAGGGUGAUUGUGUCUGACGUCCAGGAAAGCUUCAUCUGGGUGCGCUAUAAGAGAAACGAGAACCAGCUCAUCAUCUUUGCGGAUGACACCUACCCCCGCUGGGUUACCACAGCCAGCCUCCUUGACUAUGACACUGUGGCCGGGGCAGACAAGUUUGGCAACAUCUGUGUGGUGAGGCUUCCACCUAACACCAAUGAUGAGGUGGAUGAGGAUCCGACAGGAAACAAAGCCUUGUGGGACCGUGGCUUGCUCAACGGGGCCUCUCAAAAGGCAGAAGUGAUUAUGAACUAUCACGUUGGGGAGACGGUGCUGUCGCUACAGAAAACCACGCUGAUCCCUGGAGGCUCCGAAUCACUGGUCUAUACCACCUUGUCUGGGGGAAUCGGCAUUCUUGUCCCCUUCACAUCCCAUGAGGACCACGAUUUCUUCCAGCAUGUGGAGAUGCACUUGCGGUCUGAGCACCCACCUCUGUGUGGCCGAGACCAUCUCAGCUUCCGCUCCUAUUACUUCCCUGUUAAGAAUGUGAUUGAUGGAGAUCUGUGUGAGCAGUUUAAUUCCAUGGAGCCUAACAAACAAAAAAACGUUUCUGAAGAACUGGACCGGACUCCACCUGAGGUCUCCAAGAAGCUUGAGGACAUCCGAACCCGCUAUGCCUUCUGAGCCCGCCUUUGCCCGUGGGUCCUGUCAGAGACUGUUUGGUUUCCCUCAGCACCACCACCACCACCAUGUGAUUCCGAAGACAGAUUGCUGUAUAAAACUGUAUUUUUAAAACUUUCCCAUGGACUCUCCUGCGGAGACUGGUUACCCUAAGUUGGCACUGUGAUUCAUUGUAUUUUUCCCUGCCCAGUGUGUCAUACAGUCCAAGGAUCUGGUGAUUAUAAUGGCCCCAAAUCUCUCCCUCAUCCCCAAAGCUUCCCCUGCAUUCAUACUUUUUGUCUUUUGUAUACACCCUUAAUUUUUAACUGUUUUUCCUGUAAAUAGAGUUUUGUACAAUGUUAUCAUUGGGGUUGGAGGGCAGACUGAGGGGGACAAAGUUGAAUCUAUUAAGUUUGGUUCUUGAUUUCUGCCACUCUGGAACCUAACCAGAAAUAUAGACCUAGUUUUUGAGGUGGCCA